CAGCAGAGGGGUGGACGAUGACUCGAUCCACCACAUUACAUCCUAACCACCAUCAAGUGCUGACCGGAGGAAGGACCGUUAAUGCAACCAGCCCAGCUCAGCUCAGCCGCAAAAGACUGGCAUCAUGCUCCUGGGACCUUAGGCAACCACCUUUCACAAGAAACGUAACCGCUUCAGACCUCUCGCUAUUUCUAAACGCUAGGACAACCCCUCUAGUGAGACUUUUUUUUUCUCCUUAGCCAAGUGAAGACACACAGAGAGUCAGAUAUUACCCGACUUGGGCAGGCCGGUUUCUGAACGGCUGCCCGCUCUUUCUCCUCAUGAACCGUCACCAUGCACAAUUCGUAGCCGGACCCCUGCAGAGGGAUCACUACUUCACCCCCGUCACCGGCCUCAGCUUCUUCAACGCCAGGGAUGGCGAGACGUACUUGCUCGCCGGCGAGGACACGGAGCUGAAGGUGUACGACGGCGAGGGCCGGCUGCGGUGCCAGCUCGGGAUUUUCCACGCCCAACCCAUCCACGGCAUUCACGUCGCUGCUGCCGCUGCCGGGCAUGGUGAGCGGCGGCACGUGCUGCUCUGGGGGAACCAAGCCGUGACCGUCGUCUCUGCUGCCGUCAUCGAAGAGCUCAUCCUCGGUAGUGGUGGUGAGGAUGAGGCCGUGGUGGCGGCGACACCGGUAGAGAUUAUCGAGGCCAAGGCGCCGGACUGGAUCUACGACGGCGUCAUCUGCCCCGAGGACCCGGACCGCGGCGUGCUCAUUACGGCGCACAACGAAGUUCUCGAGUUUUCCGUGGCAGCUGAUGGGAAGACGAUUUCGUUUGGUCGUAUUGUGUCGCCGUCCCGGCCGAUCCUGUACUCGGCUAACCUGACGUGGCUAUCAGAGACCUCUGUGCUCGUGGCCGGCGGCACGGUCUUUGGCGAGAUUAUUGUCUGGAAAUGCCACUUCUCCAGUAGCGACGGCGCCGCAACUGCCUCUGGAGAGGACGCGGCGAGCAUGAAGCCUUGGUGCGAGGCUCUCUUCGUCUUCACGGGCCACGAGGGAUCCAUCUUUGGCGUCGAUAUCUCGCGCGAGAUCGACCUCGGCGGAGGGUGCACGGCGAGACUGCUCGCCAGUUGUAGUGACGACCGGACGAUUCGCAUCUGGGAUAUCACCGAGAGACCUGGCUCGCCGCGUUUGCAGUAUGACGCCUUUGGCGAGGCUAGGGAGACGGGUUUCGGAGGUUCUUCUUCUUCGUCUGCCCCUGCUGCUGCUGCUGCUGCUGCCACAGAUCUCACGACAACGCAGGUCGCCUCCAGCGCGCCCCUGACCAUGGUCAUGGGCCACAUUUCGCGCAUCUGGCACGUCAGGUUCCCGCUCGGAGGCGUCGACGAGCUGGCGCGGGGCCGUCCCGUGACGGUGUACUCCUUUGGCGAGGACUCCACGCUGCAGGCCUGGUCUCUGGACGUCGACCUCGAGGCGUGGCGGCGGAGAGCUGCAAAGUCGGCCGCCACGGUCGAGGGCUGCGAGGCGCCGAUCAUCGCUGCGAGCAUCACGUACAAGGAGACGUAUGCCCGCCACGACGGGAAACACAUCUGGGCUACCGCCGUCACGGAGGAGGCUGACGGGCGGGUUCUGAUCGCCACGGGAGGCGCGGAUAGUAAAAUCAAUCUCUUCUCGGACCGUUCGCGGGCGGCUGGCGGCACCGGCACCGGCAGCGGUAGCGAUAUCAGCACGACGGCCUCCAAGCUGCAAGAACUGCCAAGCGAACUGCAGACUUUGGUGAUGCGGGACGUGGUCAGCAAGCUGGCGCCGCGAAGCCCCGACCACGCGAUCCCCUUGGAAACAAAAGAGGCCUUUCAGCGUUUCGCAUUCGUCUACGAGGACACCAUUGUCGCGACGAGCACCACCGGCCGCCUCCUCGUCGGCUCUUUUGGACCGGAACUCACGUGGGCGCAGAUCGGGACCGACGGCGAGACGUUGCGCGCCCUGAAUGCCUGCACGAGCUUGAAGAGCCCGGCGCCGGGCCUGGCUCUGAUCGGCACGGCCAACAAGAAGAUUCUACUCCAUCGCGACUCGACCAUCCAGCAAGUCGGCACGGUACCCGGGAAAGUAGCAGACAUAUUUCCCCUGAGAAAAUCUCCGGCAGAGGACGGCGGGGCAUCGGACAAGAAGCUCGAGUUCCUCGUCACCAUGCUAGGCAGCGGAGACGCCAUGCAAAUCCUCACGCUCGACCUCGACGCCGCAGCCGUCACUUCCAUGGUGCCCGUCCCCGAGCUCGACAGCAGGUUCGUCGUCACGGCCGCCUGCCAGAUCAACGAUCUCCUCGUCCUCGGCUCGCGCCACGGCUACGUGUCCGUGUUUCGCCGCGUAGAGGAUGAGCAGCAGCUCAUCCCGUUCCCGGCACCGGACCGCCGCUCCGGCGAUGCAAUCACAUCCAUCAACGUCUUACCCACGUCUUCUACCUCUGGUGCGGCGGCAUCUCACAUCAUCACGACCAGCCGCGACGGAAACUACCGCGUCUACGAGACCUCCGACUCCGCGAUCCAACUGCGCCACGAGACCGCGCCCGCAGCGGUGCCGAACCUCGAAGAUGCGUGGCUGUCUGACAACGGCGAUCUGAUUCUCUGCGGCUUCCGCAGUAAGAACUUCAUCGUGUGGAACGAGACGCGGCACGAGGAGAUUCUCCGCGUCGACUGCGGCGGCGCGCACCGUGCUUUUGCUUACACCCGACAAAGCCACCACGACAAAAACACUGAUAGUGAUAGUAACAAGGACCGAGUCCAUGGUAUGCGCUUCGUCUUCAACAAAGCUGCGACCUUGGGAGUCUUCACCAAGCACAGCCCCUCCGUCGCCGCAACCCACCACCGCACCCUCAAGCGCGGGUCACACGGCCGCGAGGUCCGCGCCAUCGCGUACUCUGGGCACUCUGGGCGUCGUCGUCGCUACAUCGCCACCGGCUCUGAGGACACUUCGAUUCGCAUCUGGGAAUAUACCACGGCUGCCGGAGCUACUUCCUCGCCUGAUGAGAACCGGGGGCUGCGCUGCGUAAAGGUCGUCAAGGUCCAUACCGCAGGGUUACAGUCCCUCAAGUGGCUCGGCGAGGACCUGCUCUUUAGCUGCAGCGGAAACGAGGAGUUUAUGGUCUGGCGGGCGUGUGAUCUCGGCGAUCGGGGGUUGGGAUUGAUGCGCGAGGCCGUGUUUGCGGAUAAGAGCGAGGACGGGGACCUCCGCAUCACGAGCUUUGACGUCGUGGCGCUCGAUAAUGAGAAGAACGGCAAUGUUGCCGUCACCAUGGCCUUUUCCAACUCGUUUGUCAAGACCUACCGGUAUACACCCGGCCUAGGCUUCGAGUUACUCUUCCAGGGCCAGUACACCGGCGCCUGCCUGACGCAAGCGCGGCAUCUCCGGGUCCGGGAGGGCGUGUUUGAUGUCAUUACAGCCGCGACGGACGGGUGUCUUGCCGUCUGGCGGUCUCAGGGGUCUGAGUACGUUCUGCGGCACACGGAGCGGAUUCACCAGAGUAGUAUCAAGGCUCUGGACGUGCACUUCACCACCGAUGACAGGGUUGUGGUCCUUACUGGCGGCGACGACAACGCGCUGGGCAUCGUCACACUCGUUUCAGACAGCAGCAGCAGCAGCAGCAGCAGCAGCGACGCUGACAACAUGAAUGACGGCGGUUUCGAGAACUGGACGAGAGCCGGUGUCAGGAAAGCGCACGCGGCGGCCAUCAACGGUCUCACGGUCCUCGGAGAACGAGGAGGCCGGAUAGACUUUGUGACGGUCAGUAAUGACCAGCGGGUGAAGAUGUGGCGGCUCGGAUGGCGCGAGGGCGUGGAGGAGAUUACAUUGUUGGCGGACGAGUAUAGCGGCGUCGCGGAUGCCGGCGAUAUUGAGAUUAUUGGGGAUGGCAAGGUUGCUGUCGGCGGUGUUGGGCUGGAGGUUUGGGAUUGGAGGUCUUGAGGGGUCUGGAAAUGAAAAGGGGGGUUCAAUUGGCGGGAGAGCAUUACAUGGCUAGACAAAAUAGAGAUGAAGUAGACGAUGCGUAUCUGAUAUAAUGAAGAUAUACUGAAGCCUUUUUUCACCGCAGGGACUUAUGUAUUGGGGCGU